AACCAGUCGUCCUUCCCUUCGCCCUCCUCGCCCGCGUCUUCCCUCAACGACCAGUCCUAUCCGUCCUACUUCCCCCCUCCCUCGUCCCAGUCAGGUCAGUCUAGCAUGUCUGAACAACUCAGCGAUAGGCCCGGCGACAAGACCGCGCUCUCCCUCAACCUCUCUUCGCUCUCCGUCACCUCCCCCACCAAUCUCUCUCCGAUCAACCCCUCGCCCCACCCCUCCACGCACGCGAGCUCGCACGUAUCCCCGAUCACGCCCAUUAGCCCGUCCGGAAACAGCCUCGUCGCGCAUCACCACCCGCACCACGCCCACCAUCCCCACAUCCAGCAGCCGUUCCAGUUCGCCGCGCCCGACCACGGCGUGCGCUACGACGAGCACUACGACGGCUACGGCAAGCGCCUCACCAGCUCGCGCUCCUCCUCCUCGUCCGAGAAGUCCGUCCCGCGCAAGCGCAGCUACACCACCCUCGCCCCGCUCGCGACCUCCGUCGAGGAGACCCAGUACGACAUGGGCGACAACCCGAACAGCGCGAUGUACGACGAGGUAGACAUGUCCUACCAGAUGGACGCGGAGGGCAGCCCGAUCGACGGGAGCAACUCGGGCGGCGAGCAGGACGAGCAGAUGAAGCCGAUGGAGGGUCAGCUGCCCGCGCCCGCCACCACGCUGCACACAGGCGGACCACCCUCCCUGGGCGUCCUCAACAAGCCGCUCGGCACCAACAACUUCGUCACGAAGCUCUACCAGAUGAUCAACGACCCAAAAUCCUCCCAGUUCAUCAACUGGACAGAACACGGGACCAGUUUCGUCGUCUCCAAUGUUGGCGAAUUCAGCCGUACGAUCCUCGGCUCGCACUUCAAACACAACAACUUCUCCAGCUUUGUGCGACAGUUGAACAUGUACGGCUUCCACAAGAUUAACCGCACUCCUCGCGCACAACGCACGUCGGCCGAGGUGCAGACAUGGGAGUUCUCUCAUCACAAGUUCCUGCGCGGACGCCCCGACCUCCUCGAGGAGAUCAAGCGUAAGGCACUCGAGCCUGAUCCGUCUCUGAAGCAUCGCGUCGAGCUUCCCGGCGAGGUGGCUGCGCAGCUCUCGCAGAUGCGGGAGGACAACCGUCGGCUGGUAUUAGCCUUCCAGCAAGAGCGCCAGAAGGUUGACCGUCUCGCCUCCGUCACGAAGGCGAUGUACGAUGUCAUGGUCAAAACAUGCGGCAUGCCAGUGCCGUUCCCCACCGACAUUCUAGACCCGGGCGAGAGUCCGAACAUUUACGUGACGUCCCCACAGAGCUCAGCCCCGCCGCCUUCGCAUUUCUCAUCGCUGUCGUCGCUCCAGACGGGCAGCCUGCACUCGCUCCACUCGAUCAGCCCAGGCUCGAGCCCGACGGCCCCCGAGUUCCCCUCGCACACGCACACGCCUCACACGCUGUCGCGGCAGCACUCGUACCAGCACAUACCGUCCUACGACGGCAUGCACCACGCCCACUCCCACCACCCGCACCACCAGCAGCCGCACCACCAGCACAGCCAGCACCACGGCAUCCACGGCGUCAGCACAGCGCGGUACGACAACCCGAUGGGGACCCCGCUCCCCCCCUCGCCGAGCCCGAUGGACUACGACGAGCGCGUCGGCACGAAGCGCCAGCGCACCGCCCCCGGGUCCGGCUCGAUCUCGAUGCCGCAGAGCUCGAUCGACGGCGGGCCGUCCGGGUCGUCGACGAUGAAGAAGACGAGCCGCGCGCGGAGCGACAGCGCGCCGCUGGGCUACGGGCUCACCAGCUGGCCGCAGACGCGCCCGCGCAGCGGGAGCGGGCUCGCCCCGCGCGGUGUAGGGGGCGCGUCGGGCUCGGGCUUGGUCGGGGGCGCCGCGCUCAACGGGCGCAGGGAGGACGUGCCGAACAUCGGCUCGCUGUCGCGCGGGCAGCUGCCGAUGCUGUCGAUCCCGUCCAUGACGAAGCAGCCGUCGAACUGAUCGUCGCGCGCCCCUCGUCGGUCGACGACGGCUGGCGUGGAUGGUCGGGACUGCCCGACGGGCCAAAAAACGGCGCGCUAGAGCGCGCGCACGAGACCUCAUCGACUCGCCUUUCCUCUCCUUUGCUUCGGUUUUGUUCCGUUCGCCUGUUCAUAUGUGUUCUGCGCCAGUGCUUUCUUGGACCAUUGACCGUCUGCGUCUGUGUACUACCUCCCUUGUCUCCUUUUGCGAUACGAACGUUCACAUGAACAUCAUCAGAUCCAACUGCUAUCUCUCCUUUUCGUCUUGCUCCCUACGCCCUUGGUCCGUUCAUCAUGCGCUUUUACACUCCCGCCGAACCAGGACACAAUGCUUCCCGUCGUAACCUCCGCACAAUCUCCCAUCCCAUCCCACCCCCGGCGUCCAUCCAUCCGUUCCCCAAUGACUCCAUCCGCCCAUCUACCUAUGUGUCCAUCAUCUCCCCUAUCGCGCUCUCAUCUCCAUCUCGUGUAUCGUCUACUUCCCACCUCCUGCUAUCGUCGCGACUCCGGUGGCGGGCGCGCACUCGCAUCUGUGCGCGGUCGCCUCCGAGAGCCCGCGUGCGACCGGGCAAGCACCACGCUCGUUCCCGGCCCCGGCGAACUUUGGGUAUUUGGUUGGUUUGGCUCGCUCGUCCUGUCCGUUGUCCGUUCUGGGCCCCCGACUGGCCCUUCCCUGUCCUUCCUCCCGUUCCUUCGCGCUGCGUCCCGUUCUUCGCCCUCGCCCCAUCUGUCGUCUUUCUGCCCGUCCGCUUGUUCAUCUCAUAUCUCGUGUCUCUCCGCCUGGAAUUGUGAACUCGAAUAUCCCUCGCGUCUCUUUUACCCCGUCGUCUGAUCGCUUUUCUUUUAUCCCUUUGUUUUUGCUGCGACCUACGGCAUCUUCCAUCUGCCACUUCAGCUUCGUUGACCAUCAUCAUGCUCAUCUUCAUGUUCGUUGCCGCUUCGUGCUCGUCGCUUCUCAUUUGCUGCUGUUGCUCAUCGAGACCGCCCCCGAUCUAUAGACGUGUAUCAUCACCCUGCCGCUGUGCCAAGAACCCGUGCUCGUAUACAAAGAAACCUGUGUUUGUC